AUGGCCCGUCCAAACUACUUCACCACCAUGAAGAACUUUGCUCUGCAGCAGCCGUCCGAGGAGUGGAUGAUCCUGGAGUUCUCUCAGCUCGGCUUCAUCGAAAAGCCUAAAAAUGAGCUUCUGUUUUGUGUCUGGAAGCAGAAAUUGGAGCAGUUUGAAGCUCAGAGGUUCAGAAACGACUCAUUUCUCUGUGCAGGUAAAAUGUUCAAGUCUCUGGAUCUGUCGCUCAUCGUGGAGUUCAUGCUGAUGUUCUACAAAGACAAACCCAUCGACUGGCUUCUGGACCACAUCAUGUGGGUCAAAGUGUGCAACCCGGAGAAGGAUGCAGACGACAUCGUGGCCCGUCCAAACUACUUCACCACCAUGAAGAACUUUGCUCUGCAGCAGCCGUCCGAGGAGUGGAUGAUCCUGGAGUUCUCUCAGCUCGGCUUCAUCGUCUGGAAGCGGAAAUUGGUGCAGUUUGAAGCUCAGAGGUUCAGAAACGACUCAUUUCUCUGUGCAGGUAAAAUGUUCAAGUCUCUGGAUCUGUCGCUCAUCGUGGAGUUCAUGCUGAUGUUCUACAAAGACAAGCCCAUCGACUGGCUUCUGGACCACAUCAUGUGGGUCAAAGUGUGCAACCCGGAGAAGGAUGCAAAACACUGCGACCGGCAGAAGGCAAACCUGAGGAUCCGCUUCAAGCCGUCGCUUUUCCAGCACGUCGGCACUCACUCUUCUCUGGCCGGAAAGAUCCAGAAACUCAAGGUAGCAGAAGAUCUCCACGAUUCUCUUUCUGAGGAGCUUCAGCAGGUUUUUAUCCCCCUAAAAACCCAAAACCCAGCUCAGGGCGGCGUGGCGGAGGGCGAGGUGGAGCCGUCCUUCGGGCCGCUGGAGGCCAUGAGGCUGUGGGUGCUCACCGACUCCCCGCCCCGCCCCGGGCAUGUAGCCCCGCCCCCUGAACUUAAGCCCCGCCCCCCGGUGGCCGGGCCUGGUGCUGCAGGCCUCAACGGGGCAGCAUGGGAACUCCUGGACCUGAACCAGGACCCCAAGACCCCCCAAGGAUCCUGGACCAGAGGAAUCCCCAGAUCCUGGACCAGAGGAACCCCAGAUCCUGGACCAGAGGACCCCCUAAGACCUAAAGACCCCAGACCAGAGGACCUCCUAGACCCCCAGGAUCCUGGACCAGAGGAACCCCUAGAUCCUGGACCAGAGGAAACCCCAGGAUCCUGGACCAGAGGAACCCCCAGAUCCAGUACCAGAGGAAACCCCAGGAUCCUGGACCAGAGGAAACCCCAGGAUCCUGGACCAGAGGACCCCCAGAUCCAGUACCAGAGGACCUCCUAG